CAUUUGUAGUAAUUAAAAUGUGGAAAUAAUAGGUGUAUUAACAUUUUAUAGUUACGGACGUAAAUGUUACCGUGCAGUGUUGGUGAAUAAAUAAUCCAGAAAUAAAGAUGGAAUUAAAAUUAUCAGGUAUACAUAAAAUUUGUGAAAAAUUGCUUCAGGCUUCUAGAAAAAAGUCCUCAGUUAUUAUCAGAGCAAAAUGAAAAUUAAACACUACCCAGGGAAAGUGGUCAUGGAGGACCCUUGGCUUUCUAUCACUGAUAGGACUAUGGACCUUGUUUAUGCUGCAAAUUGGGUUGGAGCUCGUAAUCUCGGUACAUAUAACGAAAAUGACAAUAGCUCAAAUAAAGUAAAAUAUAAUACGAUUUCUAGAAGUAAAUCUUGUAGAGAUGUGGGCCAUAUUAAUGACAGAAAUUAUGAUACUAAAACAUAUUCCGCUGAAGAUAAUGGCUAUAACUAUUCUUAUAAUGUAUCCAAUGAAAACAUAUCUCAGUUAGCAAAAUAUCAACAAAAUAUAGAAGAGAAAGCCAGAGCUAAUAAUAAUCUCAUUGUGCAAAAUAAAUUGAAACAUAGUUUCAGUUUUAAGGAUAUGCCAAAUGGGUAUAAGCCUUCAACGUUGAGACGUGUUAAAAGAAGAAAUUUUACCGAAUGGGAUAUAGAAGCAUUUGGAGCGCACGAAAAACAGCCUCCUAUUCCACCACAGCGUAAAGAUUCUCUUAAAUAUGCACAUCGACAGAGAAAAGUAGAUUCGAAAAAAAAUAAUUACCCAUUACCGGAUCCUGGACCCGUACCACCAGACCCGUCUUCAGAAUCCUAUUAUGAAUAUUAUUCAAGAGUUAGUCAACAAAAUAAUGAUACUGAUAGUGAUAAAUUAAAACAAUUACAAAAAGAUCCAAAAAAGGAUAAAAAUCAUACUAAUAACGAUAUACAUAGCGGAAGUGUAAGUGCUUUUAGCAAUGAUAAAAUGUAUCAAUUAAUUAAUUCAAUGGCAACAUUAGAUUUGAGUCCAAUGAAAUCUAAUUUAGGGAAACAAGAUCUCGAAGUGGGUUGUGAAGCGGAAGAUUUAGGACUGUACAUGCGGCCCAUUAAUGAGUCAUUAUCUACAUGCGAACAACUUCCUAAUCACACUAUACAAACUACGAACGAACGAAAUGAACGUAUUGAAAACAUUAAACCAAGUUUUCGCUCUAAAUCUAUGAGAGUUAAGAGCGAAGGAAGAGCUCCACUCCGAGCUUAUCUCGACGUUGUUCAGCCUGAUAAUAAAUCCCACAAUGACGUUACUGUCACUCAACCAAAACGUAAUCUGUCUCCAAGCGAACAGCUGACAAUGAUGCAGUAUGAAAUGUAUAAACUACAGUCUAAGCAACCAUCUAUGAACCCAACGAAUAAUGGGUUUCAUAAUAUUGAUCUUGGGAAAGAAAGUGAAAAUCGGACUUUCAAUAGUAAUUCGUCACAAGUUAAACGUGAAAAAUAUGGAAAAAUGUAUGGUACAGUGAGAGUGAAAAGUGAUGAUAGGUAUGAUAGAUUUAAUGAUCUAUUAUCCUUUGGUGUUACAAAAGAACGUAUUAAUGAAGAGCGUGCAACAAAUAGUAGUGGUGUAUAUUCGAGGAGUGCCAAGAGUUCAUCUAGUGGUUCAGAUUCAGACUUUUCUAUACCGCGUCCUAAAUUAAUAGUGCCUGUUCACACCUACGGAACCAGGAAGAGAAGAACAGGAAAUCUGUGCCAACGUGAUAGUAAUGCUACAGAGGCUUCCUUAGAUGCUGGAGUCUUACUAGAUGUUACACGAUUAGAAGAAACAAGUGAUAAAGAACUGGAAAAACGAUUAAAAAACGAAGAAUCAGAGGGAAGAGUGGAAGUGUCUAGAGAGAACAAAUACCUCAGCACAAUGGCACCGGGCAAGGUGUUUGGUGAACUAGCCAUUCUUUACAACUGCAAGAGAACGGCCACAAUAAAAGCAGCAACUGAUUGUCGGUUGUGGGCCAUUGAACGUCAAUGCUUCCAGACUAUUAUGAUGAGAACUGGACUCAUAAGACAAGCGGAAUACACUGAUUUCUUGAAGAGUGUGCCGAUCUUCAAAGACCUUCCCGAAGACACGCUUAUCAAAAUUUCUGAUGUUUUGGAAGAGACACAUUAUCAGAACGGUGACUACAUUAUCAGGCAAGGAGCGCGUGGUGACACGUUCUUCAUCAUUUCCAAGGGACAGGUAAAAGUGACCCAGAAGCAACCAAACAGUAACGAUGAGAAAUUCAUUAGAACACUAACGAAAGGCGAUUUCUUCGGAGAAAAAGCGUUACAAGGAGAUGACCUUCGAACAGCCAAUAUCAUCUGUGACUCACCAGAAGGUUGUACAUGCCUUGUAAUUGAUCGGGAGACCUUCAACCAACUCAUUUCGACCCUAGAUGAGAUACGUACCAAAUAUAAAGACGAAGGCGAUAGUAGACAGAGAUUAAAUGAAGAAUUUGCCAAUUUGCGCUUAUCAGAUCUUCGUAUCAUAGCCACCCUCGGUAUCGGCGGUUUCGGAAGAGUGGAACUUGUGCAAAUACAAGGAGAUCCGAGUCGAUCGUUCGCCUUGAAGCAGAUGAAGAAAGCCCAAAUCGUUGAAACGAGACAGCAGCAACAUAUUAUGUCAGAAAAGGAGAUAAUGUCAGAAAUGAACUGCGAAUUCAUAGUGAAGCUAUUUAAGACAUUUAAAGAUCGCAAAUACUUGUAUAUGUUGAUGGAGACAUGCCUCGGAGGAGAGUUGUGGACUAUUUUAAGAGACAGAGGCCAGUUUGAUGAUGCCACAACAAGGUUCUAUACCGCUUGCGUUGUAGAAGCCUUCCAUUAUCUACAUUCUAGGAAUAUCAUUUACAGGGAUCUCAAACCGGAAAACUUAUUAUUAGACUCCAAAGGUUAUGUGAAAUUAGUCGAUUUCGGUUUCUCCAAGAAGCUGCAAGCGAGCCGUAAGACUUGGACAUUCUGUGGUACUCCUGAGUAUGUUGCGCCCGAAGUCAUUAUGAAUAGAGGUCAUGAUAUCAGCGCAGACUAUUGGUCAUUAGGUGUGCUAAUGUUCGAGCUGCUGACAGGAUCACCUCCAUUCACCGGAGCUGACCCAAUGAAAAUUUAUAACAAGAUUCUCAAGGGUAUUGAUGCCGUGGAAUUCCCCCGAUCGAUCACCAGAAACGCAGCUAAUCUCAUAAAGAAAUUGUGUCGUGACAACCCUGCCGAACGACUUGGGUAUCAGAGAGGAGGCAUCACUGAGAUACAGAAACACAAAUGGUUUGACGGCUUCAACUGGGAGGGCCUGGCUCAGCGCACCUUAGAGCCGCCGAUCACACCAGUCGUAAAGUCCGCUGUCGAUACGCACAACUUCGACCAGUAUCCGCCUGAUGCAGAUGAACCGCCACCUGACGACCUCUCCGGAUGGGACGCCACAUUCUAAACGAAAAAAAAAACUACAGGCGAUAUUCUAUAUAAAAUGUAGUCCACAAUUUCCACAUUUCGGUCUCUGUGUUAAAGCCUCGUUAUAACAUUGUCUCAUACCGAACCAUACAAUUAAAUCUGAACACCAUGUAAGUAUAUCGAUUUGACACUAUUGAAACUUAUUUAUAAGUGAGACAAAUAUAUUUCAGUGAAAAGAGAUAGUUCUCAUAGAAAACAUUUUUUUUUUUAUGUUGUGACACUGUGAAAAAUUCACUUUGAUUUCUUAGUAUUUAAUAAUCUGCAAUUUAGCUUGAUGCUAUCAUUAUCACAAUAUAUACGAUAGAAAGAAAUGGCAAUAAAUUACGUGGUGCCAUCUAUAUUGAAUGUUUAGUUGACUUUCCUAAUAAACUACAAAGUUACUAUUCGAAUAAUGUGCUGUUAAAAGCAAUACAUUAAAAUGAAUAUUAAAUACGUACAUGAGUGUUAAAACAGUAUAUUCUCUGUUAUAUUAGCUAAUAAUUCACAGAUCUUAUUUCUAUGUACUUUUAAAUAGGCUUGCCAUUAAAUAUGAACUUAAAUUGUAAAUAUUAUUUGAUAGUGUAUUGUUUAUUCCAAAAUUCAAGUCUUAAUUGUAAACUAGUAUUAAUGACGAUAUUUCUAAAUUAUAUACAGAUUAUCGACAAUAUAUAUACAUAUAUGUUUUCGAAAUAUAUUUGAAAUAAAUAUCUAUACUAUAUUUAAUUUAUAUUAUAAAUUCAUUUAAUAGAAUAAAUACUAUAUUUAAAUUGUGAUAAUUUAAACAUUUUAUUAGGAUCGAUUAAAUAAAUAUAAUUCGUUGUGAAUGUAUUAAAUUUUAAUAAAAUUAAUAGAGUGCAAUAUCGUAGUACUAUGAUUUAAAACUUUUUUUCAUUACAAUUUAUUGCUUAAAUAAUUUUUUUGUUUAGCCUAGUGACUUCUUCGCUGGAACUUAUAUUAUGAUGAAAAUGUAGUUCAAUAUUUAUUUUGUUAUUAUAUACAUUUAUAUUAAUAAUAAUUGUACAGUUUGCCAAAAUAUUGUUACCAGAAUUUCCUCUACAAUAAAUCGAAUGUACAUAAUAUUAUAUAAUAAUGAAUCCUAUUAUGAAUUUUAUAAUUACAUAUUAUUUAUGCAAUAAAAAUAGUUUAGUCAGAGUAAACUAUUGAACUGUUUUUAUCAUUUUAUAAAUAAAUAAAAUUAAUUUCAUUGUAGUUUUGUCUUAACCAUACUAAUCAGGUUAAAAUGAAUAAAUAAUUCAAACCUAUUAUUAUCAAAUAUAAAUCUGUUGACAAUAUUUAUUUAUGCAAAAAUUUAUAUUUGUAUAAAUAUAAUUACUUAAAAUUAUGCUAAUUGAAAGAACUGUAUUAUUAACUUAUGUCAUUAUAAAAAUGUAGAAAAUACAUAUAAAAUAUAUGUAUGGUAUAUGUUAUAUUAUUUUAUGUAAUAUUACGCAUAAAAAUAUAUUUGUUGUAUUUUGUGUUAUUAUAAAUUUCACAUAAUGUACAGUAACCAUGGUGCUCAAAUGUUUAUACAUUAUUCUGGUAAUUGCAUUAUUAAAAACUAAUAAAGCUUAUAUUUAUCUAGUAAUUAAAAUUAUUGUAAAUUAUAUUAUCGAUAUACAGGAUGUAAUUAACAUCAUUAUCAUCUUUAAAGGAGUGCUCUACUAGAAAAACUAAUGAUUUUUUUUUCAGAGAAAUGUCUCUCAAAAUGUAUAAAAUUUACAAAAAAAAUUGUUAAAUUUUAUUGGAAAAACGCUCCCUCAAUAACAAUUGCGAAUUCAACCUGUAUAAUUAAUGUUUACGGAAUCCACUAACUGUUUUUAUAAGAUCCUACUGCUCAUUUAGUUUGUCAUAUACUAAAUUGUAACGGUAGCUAUCUCCAAAACAUGACAUAAUUUAAGACUUGUCAUUAUUAUAUAACACCAACAUCUAAAAUAGUCAUAUAAUUAAGUAUUCAUUGAGUUCUUUCAUUGUAAAUAGUCCUAUUUUAAAUACAACUAGGAAAUUUUAUGAAUAAGUUAAUAUAAAGGCAAAACAUUGUAAUGUAUGAAAAUGUAAUUAUGAAUAUGUUUUAUAAUUGAUAUAGGGACAGUUAUUUUUGUAACCAUAGAUUUAAUAUAAUAAAAUUAAUAUUUUAUUGAUACUGAAAAAUGUAAAAUACACAUUAUUUCAAUUA